AUGACCAAGGGUGUUGUGGUGCUUCCUAUCCUCAGCAAGGAAUUUGCAUCUAGGGGCCAGGUUGAUUUGAUUGACAUGCAAUCAAUUCCACACUCUAACUUUAAAUGGAUCAUGGUGUACCAAGACCAUUUCACCAAAUUCUGCAUUCUUUGUCCUCCUCAAACCAAACGUGCCGCAGAGGUUGCCUUCCAGCUUGUAGAUAUCUUUCUUCUCAUAGGUGCCCCUGCUGUUCUUCAAAGUGAUAAUGGCUCAGAGUUCACAUACAGGGGGAUUACUGAGAUAAAAGAAAUCUGGCCAAGUCUCACCAUGGUUUAUGGGAAAACAUGUCAUCCACAAAGUGAGGGUUCUGUGGAACGUGCAAAUGGUAACAUUAAGGAUAUAUUAGUUAUACCUGGCUUGCAGACAAUAAUUCACAAAACUGAAGUUGUCUCAAGGUUGGAUAGUGAGGAUGAUCUCAUAGCAGGUAUGUCAGGAGAUGAUACAACAACAAUAACAACAACAACAGGUUCUGCUGCAAGUUCUACUGGUUCAGUGACCCCUAGCGAAGCGACUACAAGUAACAAUAAUGAUUUAUUGACCACUGAAAUGACUGAGGCACUUUCUGUUGAUGCCAUUGUUCAAACUCCUCAGAUACUUCAAGAUCACCAAGACCAAAUUCAGAAACAUAGAGGGGAAACAUACAGAGAACAGGUAUCCCAAGCUGAGAGAAUGGUCAAACGUAGUCGCUUAGACUUUAAAGUUGGUGAACCUGGUGACAAUGUUGCUGUCCCAAUUCCAUCUGUGGAUCAUGGUAGAGGAGAUUCACGGAAUAUCCUGGGUGUUACUGUCAGGAGAGAUUUGGACAAUGACCAGUAUAAGAUCGCUCGUUUGCUGACAGAAGAUGACGUAAAUCAGGAUACUGCAGUGUCACUUCGAAGAGCUGUUAUUGCCCAAUCUGCAUGUGGUGGUCAGGGAUUCACUAGAUUCAACUGUAGUGGUCUGAAGAAAUGUUCAACUAACAGAUGUAUCCAAAUAGCAAUCAGUUCUAUUAAUGUUAUUAAGGGCAUUAUUGCAGGUCAUAACUCUAACCCUUGCUCAUCCACAAAUGUGAAAAGAUCGAAACGUGUUAGUUUUGUCCAACAUGGAAGUUCUUGCAUGAAUUCAGAUGAUCAUAUCACUGCUACAAGGUUCAGAGGCCUACUUGAUGAUUUGUAUUAG